CCCUGUUUUCAUCUUGAAUGGACACUGGAAGUAAACAAUGGGGAAAUCCUUUAGAUUUCCAUAUCUUACGAUAUGGUGACUAGAUACCCUGAACAGUCUUCCCACUGAAAAUAACUAAAAAUGCAACUACAAUAUUGUAAAUACGCUGAUAAGAUGACAGGAAAGUAAAUAACCAUCGGAAGUCAAAAAUGAAGCAAAAGCCCAAAUCCAGAGGGUAAGCCCUGGGCUGCUGAAGUGAUUGAAGCUGGUGCUCUGGAGCAUCCAUGUAGAUGGCUGGGAGGGGUGCAGGAGGCCGAGGCAGUGCCUGGGGCCUGUUGAGUGUGGGAACUUCAGGAGGAGACCACUACAUGGUGGUGAGUUCUCAAAGAGGGCUGCACCCUCGGCAUAGGAGUGAACUACAAACAAACACGUCUGUGGCAGGGAACCUGCCUGUGUGGAUCUUGAUACUAGCUGAAGAGGGGAAAUGUCUCUCCAGCAUUUUAAAGCUGCAAGGAGGCAAUCACAUGGCUUCUCAAUUUGUACACCCAGCGUGUGAAUAGCUGCAAGCUGAGAAUUUAUAUUCUCAGUUGUCCCAGGAGGCUGAAGUAAUUGCAGCUCCUGCCUUUCUUGGCAACACACCUUUAGCCCGGGCCUGAGGGAAUACCACAUAGAAGGUCCUGAGGGGCACGGACUCAGCCAAACUCUUUAAACACUCCAGGGGAUACACCACUGGAGCAAAAGACAAACAACAGAGCUCUAAGUCAGACCCACAAAGACUUCAGAACACCUAAUACUGUAUAUUUAAUAUAUUUCAUGAAGUAAAAGAGAAGAUUGAUCAUUUGAGGAGCAAAGGACUUUAAAAAAUGACUAAGUAGGUUUAUUUAGUAUAUUUAAUGAAAUAAAGGGUUGAUCAUUGAAGGAGAAAACGUUAAAAACUGACCAAAUAGGAUUGAAAAAGAACCGAGAAGAGUUUAAUGAAAUUAAAAAUAUGAUCAUUGGAAUAAAAAAUUCAGUGGCCUCUAUAGCAUCUUACUACACUGAUGGACAGUGACUAUAAUGGGGUAUGUGGUGGGGACUUGAUAAUGGGAAUCUAGUAACCACAAUGUUGCUCAUGUAAUUGUAUAUUAACAAUACCAAAAUAAAAAAUAAAUUAAAAAAAGUUCAGUGGCCAAGUAAACAGAUUAAGUGCAGUUGAAGAGAGAUUAGUGAAAUGGAAAAUAAAUCUGAAAAAUUUAGUGAAAUGGAAAAUAAAUCUGAAAGAAAAAAAGGUGGGAAACAUGAAAGAGAUGGCUACAGAAAAGAGAUACAGCAAGGGGAAAAUAAAGGGGGCAAAGACAAUAUUUGAAACUAUUGGAGAAUUUUUCAGCAUUAAAGGUUUACUUACUCAAAUUCUGGAAACACAAUCAGUCUCAAACUGGAUAAAGCCAUAGUUUAAUUGCAAACAAUAUGAUCAUUUACGUAGGAAAUCCUAGUGGACCUGCACAAAAGCUACUAGAGCUAAUCUAGCAAGAUCACAAGGAUACAAAGUCAACAUACAAAAUUAAAUCUCACUUCUAUAUAAAUGUAGUGAACAACUGAAAAAUGAUUUUUAAAGUAAAAUACCAUUUAUAAUAGCAUCAAAAAAUUACCAAGUGAUAAAUGUAACAUAAAAAUGCAGAAUCUCCUCAGUAAAAGCUACAAAACCAUUGCUGAGAGAAAUUGAAGAUCUAAAUCAAUGAAGAGAUAUAACAUGUUCAUGGACUGGAAAACUCAGUAUCAUUAAGGUGUCAAUUCAUCCUAAAUUGAUAUGUAGAGUUGACCUAAUCCCAACCAGAAUUCUAACUUUCUUUUGCAGUUGUCAGACUGAUCCUAAAAUUUAUAUAGAAAUGCAAAGAACCUAGAAUUGCCAAAACAAUUUUGAAAAUAACAAAGUUGAAGGAAUUCUACAACCUGACCCAAGAUGUUAUUGUAAUGCCACAGGAAUUGAGACAGUGUGGUAUUGGCGAAAGGCUAGACCUACAUAUACAUCAAAAGAAUCACCCUCUAAAGAAGCAGUUCCUGGUGAGGUCUCCGGAAGCACCUACAAACUCUAGCGGUGAAGAAACUGCAGGUCCUUGGCAGGGGGAGCGUGCAUGUCCACAGGCCUGCCUAGAAAAAGGUGCCAAGCUAGUCACUAACCCAGCCUGGGCCCCGUACCCAUGGUGGUUCACAGAUGGGGGAGUGGUGAGCGGCCUGCCCCUGGCGGCUCGGGAGGAGCCUGAGUGGCGAGAGAGAGCCAGGGACGCAGUCCCGUCAGGCCCUCCUCACCUUGCCAGCACCAGGUGCUGCCAUGCAGAGGAGCAUGCUGGCCUGGCAGGGGUCAGAGGAGGACACAGGCACAAGGACUGGGACACCAGGGAGCUGACUGCUCUACCAGGACAGCCAUGUCCUACCCAGCAUGCCAGGUCCACGUAUUCUAAGUGGGAGCCAUUUCUUCUGACACCUGCAAACAGCCCACGUGUGGAGAAGGGGCUCCCUCGGACCCAAACCCCAAGGGAAGGGCACCUCAGCAGGCCCCUCCAUGUGUCUCAGCUCCCUGGGGCCACACACACUUCCACAUCAUGGGGCAUAGAUCCUCCCGCUAAAGGGGUCAGUGGGACACAGGAGCUUCUGCCAAUGCAACUGCAUGACCUCUUCACAACUGGUGAGGACUUCGAUGUCAACCUGUGAAUGGAACUAGUGUGUCACCAAUGCAGAUUUGUUAUGUGAACCCUUCACCACUGGGCCUGAGCCCCUGAAAGAGGGGCUCCCGAAGUCGCCUGUCAGUAGGACUGAGGAUGAUUUACAGACUAGAGGAACCACCAGCAAUAAACUUGACUGUCAGCAUCUCUGA